AUGACGAGAACCCCGUGCUGCGAAAAGGCAGAGGUUCGAAAGGGGCCGUGGACGCGAGAAGAGGACGAGUUGCUCGUGAAAGCUAUCAAGGAGCAUGGCGAGGGGAACUGGAGCGCAAUCCCCAAGAAAGCUGGGUUGAUCCGUUGCGGGAAGAGUUGUCGCCUCCGAUGGGCCAACUACCUCCGUCCCGACUUGAAACGCGGCGCGUUUUCGGCGGAGGAGGAGGCGCUGAUCGUGCGGCUGCACAAGGAGAUGGGCAAUCGAUGGGCCAAGAUCGCCCUAGAGCUGCCCGGACGUACGGACAAUGACAUCAAGAACCACUGGAACACGAGAAUAAAGAAGAAGCUGCGCGAGUCGGGGAUCGACCCCGAGACGCACCUCCCGCUAGCCACGCGCUUGGCAGAUGAUGACCUGGAUAUGGACACGUCAGCAGCCCUUCCGGUACUGCCCAGUCCGAAGUUCAUCCCGCUCACUCCGUCCAGCACCGCCUUUGGAAGCUUCAGCUUCGCCGAUCUCACCGCGUUCGACCAUCUCCCUCAACCACUCAGCGACAGCCACCUGACGCUCCACUCCGUCAUGGACGGCUCAGAUUCGCAGCGGCUAGGAGGCGCGAUGAGCAGAUGCGAGGGUCUAGGAUCCGCGGGAGUGGGCAGCGGCGCAGCAGCAGCAGGGGAACUGGUUCCCAUGGCGCUGGUUUCCCCACCUCUCCCAGGCACCGUCCCCCUUUCCUCAGGCGCUCUAGAUGGGCUCACACUAGAAAUGGACGAAAGCAUUCGCAUGGGGUUGGGAAGGGAGGAGAUGGGGGAUGCUGUGAAGGCGGAUCUAGGGGAAGACGUGGGGGAGGAGGACGUGGGGUUGGAUGCGGCCAUGUGCCUGUCUCCAGAGGAGUUUGACUCGUUUGACUUGGGUCUGCCGCCCGGCGUGUGCCCCUCCCCCAUGCCUGCAUUCACGGGCAGUAUUUUCGCCCAUGCUGCUGUUACCACCCCUGUUGCUGCUUCUGCCUCUGCCGCCCCUGCUGCCUCCCCUGCUUCUGCUGCCCCUGUUGCCGAUUCAGGGAUUCGCUGUGGCCAAUAG